AUGCGUGGACUUGGAAGGCUCUCCACAGAUGAAGGCACACCUAAUUACGAAGUUAUAGACAAGAUAUUUAGGUUAACUGAUACGAAUGGCGAUGGCCAACUAACAAAAAGUGAACUGAGGACAAUGGUGGUAGGAAUGCGAUUGCAAGAUAUAAAUUUGGAAGAAGAUGAUGCGGUAGAAAAAAUUUUGCAAGAUUUUGACACAUCUCUCGAUUCUCAAGUUAGUUUGGCUGAGUUCAGGAAAGGGAUUGCAAAAUGGCUUGUGGAGGCCAGGCGUUCUGUGGCUGGUUCUGUAACUGAUGGCUCAGAGAAGCAUCUGAUUGACUAUCAUGAGAAAACAAAGAGGGAACAUUAUCUUUUGGGUGAUCAAAGUGAUGAGAUGUUAGAGGGUGUUGAAAAUGCCAAGUGGACCUCAUUUAAGGCUGUAAUGUUGUUGCUGCUGGGGGCAAUUAUUGCAGCUGUAUUUGCUGAUCCUCUGGUUGAUGCUGUUGACAAUUUCUCGGCUGCAACGAGCAUUCCUUCUUUCUUCAUCUCAUUCAUUGUGUUACCACUAGCAACAAACUCCAGUGAGGCUGUAUCAGCAAUUAUCUUUGCUAGCCGAAAAAAGAAAAGAUCUGCCUCGCUAACAUUUUCGGAGUUGUAUGGAGCAGUAUCCAUGAACAACACCCUUUGUCUAUCGGUCUUCUUAGCCCUCGUUUAUGCCAGGGGAUUGACAUGGGACUUCUCAUCUGAAGUGCUGGUUAUCCUGAUUGUUUGUGUUGUGAUGGGUGCUGUUGGCAGCUUCCGCACCACCUUUCCUCUUUGGACUGCUUUGCCGGCUUUCCUGCUUUAUCCGUUCUCCCUGGCACUGGUUUAUGUUCUUGACUAUGUUUUCGGCUGGUCAUAG